ACACUCAACCAUGCUUGGACUUCCAGUUGACGAGAAACACAAGCAAUGCAAGUCUAAGAAGACCCACCUUAUCGUUGCAGGUGGAUUAAUUGGGUUAAUCCUGCUCUGGUACUUAUCCACUACUUUCUUUACUGGGGUAAUUUUCUCGAAAGUUCCCAAGAAUUCCAAUUUAUGUCCAUUAUUCGACCCAAUUGCUCCUGAGUCCUUCCACAAGGACAACUCCACCGUGCUUUCUAUCUUGUUUGAUGAAACUUAUAGAAACAAAUCCAUUGACAACUUAUCUGGUGCUAUUCAAAUCGAUACUCAAAUCUCUGAUGAUUUAGUUGAUGUUCCAGAAGCACCACAGUUCUGGGCCAAAUUUGAAAAGUUCCAUGAAUACUUGGAACACACCUUCCCCUUGGUGUAUGAAAAAUUGGAAAUUGAACGCAUCAACACUUAUGGAUUGCUCUACCGUUGGAAUGGCUCCUCCUCGGACUUGAAGCCAGUCUUGUUGAUGGCCCAUCAAGACACUGUUCCUGUUCAAAAAGACACCAUUUCCGAUUGGAGUUACCCUCCAUUUUCGGGUCAUUACGACGGCGAUUUCAUUUACGGAAGAGGUGCAGCCGAUUGUAAGAAUGUCGUUAUUGCCAUCUUGGAAACCUUGGAAUUAUUAAUUUCCCAAGAUUACCAACCACAAAGAAGUAUUCUUGUUGCGUUUGGGUUCGAUGAAGAAUCCUCGGGGUAUAUCGGUGCCAGCAAGAUUGCCCAACAUUUAGAAGACACCUUAGGUCCCGAUUCACUCUAUGCUAUCAUUGACGAGGGUGAUGGAUUGAAAGUUGACGACUUGACCAAAACAAUUGUCGCUGUCCCAGGAACCGGCGAAAAGGGAUACAUUGACAUCGAAGUGGAAUUGAGUACUCCUGGAGGUCAUUCUUCUAUUCCGCCUGACCAUACUUCAAUUGGUAUUAUGUCUCAAUUGGCUUAUUUGAUUGAAAAGGAUCCUUAUGAUCCUAUCUUGACAGAAAAGAACCCCACCUUGAGUUAUUACCAAUGUUUGGCUGCUCAUGAUCCAAAGAAGAAUAUCGACUCCAAGUUCAAGAAGACUAUCUUAAAAGCUGCGUUCAACCACCAUGCUAAUAAGAAGUUGAUUAAGUACAUUACCCAAAAUAGAUUCACCAGAUACUUGAUUGGUACUUCACAAGCUUUAGAUAUCAUCAAAGGUGGUGAGAAGAGCAAUGCUUUGCCAGAAGUUACCAGAUUGUUGGUCAACCAUCGUGUUGCAAUUGAAUCAACUAACGACGAAAUUAAACGUCAUUUUAUCAAGCGAGUUAUUAAAGUCGCCACGAAACACCACAUCGCUGUAAAGGCCUUUGGAGUGUAUGUUCAUGGAAAACCAAACAACCCAGCUGGUGAAUUUGUCAUCACUGAAUCGGGCGGUCUUCCACCUGCUCCUCCAACUCCAUUGAAUGACAAAGUAUGGCAAUACUUGUCGGGAGUUACCCGUCAUGUCUUUGAAGAUUUGGUGUUCCCUGAUCUUGACUAUCCAAUUGUUACCAGUCCAGCUAUCAUGACCGGAAACACUGACACUAGACACUAUUGGAAUUUGACUAGAAACAUCUUUAGAUACUCUCCGUUGUUUUCCAAUGGUUUGAUGAACAACAACAUUCACAGUGUGGAUGAAAAGCUCAAGUUUGAUAACCAUUUGCAAUUACAUGCUUUCUUUUACGAAUAUCUUCAAGCUAUUGAUACCAAGGCUGCUGAUAACUAGGUUGUUACAUAGUACAUUUUUAUAGUGUUUUAGCAACUGAGUAAAGAUUUGCCCAAUUACU